CCGGCGCCUCCUCGCCGCUGCAGUGCUCCGCUUCUCUCCUCCCUCCCUCUUUUUUUUCUUCUGGUCUUUCUUCGUCCUUGCGUUCGCACCCAGCGCGUCGCCUGUUCCUCCACCUCCCUCUCUCCUCCCUGCGGAUGCCUCAGCCUUGCAAACCCCCACAGCAAAUGAUCGCUCCAUCCCCGGCACGUCAGGACGCAGGACGCAGCGAGCAGGUUCCGUUGGUGAUCUGAUCUCAGCACAGUGCGGAUCGGCUGCAAAAGCGGCGCUGAUCACGGUCAAAACCAGCAGGCAGGACCUCGUCUCGAGAUGCCGGUGCCAGAGCAGCCUGUAGAGCAGGAAAAGGGGGCCAUGGUCCCCCCUGUGUUGCCAGCCUCCAAUGGAGACAGAUCUGAGACGGAGACAACCUCUUCUAUCCUCGCCUCUGUCAAAGAGCAGGAGCUUCAGUUUGAGCGCCUGACCAGGGAACUAGAAGCUGAGCGUCAGAUUGUCGCCACCCAGCUGGAAAGAUGCAAGCUGGGAUCAGAAGCAGGCAGCAUGAGCAGCAUCAGUUCUGCAGAUGAGCAGUUUCGCUGGAACGCUCAAGCGGACGGACAAAAAGACAUUGAGGAUGAGUUGACCACCGGUUUGGAGUUGGUGGAUUCGUGCAUUCGCUCCCUCCAGGAAUCGGGAAUUCUUGACAGCUCGGACCGACCAGCUCUUCUUUCCCAGAGUUCCUUGCAGCUCAACUCCACCCCGGAGGCUUCACUCCAGUACUCUGCCAGCUACCAUAGCAACCAGACCCUCGCCCUUAGCGACAGCAUCUCCACAGCAACUCCUCCUCGCAGCGGGCAGGUUGGAAGAGCUGUGCACAGCUACAACCAGGUGACGUCUAGCCGAGCAGCGCAGCAGCAACAAGCACAAAGUGGGGCAGGGUCAGCUAUAUACUACUCCAGCUCCACUUUGCCUGCUCAGCGUGUCAGUUCUCCUCUGUCUGGAGGAGUAGGAGGAGGCGGCUCAGCCUCCAGUUCCCCCAGUAAGCUUCAACGCCUGGGAUCAUCAUCUGACACGCCUGGUUAUUCUACCGCUCAGCACCUGCCUUCUUCCUCCUCUUCCUCACCCAACAAACAGUCCCCAGUCAACCGCUUGGCUAAGUCAUACAGCACCACAGUUGCUGUGACAACAGCAGGAGGGGGCGGGUCUCCCCUUAGGGUGGCAUCUCCACCCAACUCUACAGCGGGGGGAGGAGCCAGCUCAUCUUCAUCCCCUCUUCACCAGAUGAGUUCAGGCAUAGGAAGUUAUGCCACUCUGUCUCCCAAACGACUGGCAGCUCAUCACGUCUCUGACCAGUACAAGAUCUCUCACGAGCUCUACACUACUGCUACACUGCAGAGGCCUGGCAGCUUGGCUGGCUCCCGCGGCUCCUACAGUAGUCAGCACAGUCAGGAGCCUCUUCGGCCCCUGGAGUCCCCAGAGCACCACAUAGAUCCCAUCUAUGAAGAACGUGUCUAUCACAACAAAGUCCCCAUGAGGAGCCUCAGCCAGAGUCAAGGGCCCGACUCAGGCCCCUAUCGCAACAACACGGCUCCCUCCUCCCCUGGUGUCGACUCCGCCCCUUUGCAGCGCACUGGCAGCCAUGGCACGGCGACAGGAAACUGCAACCGCGGCGGGACCAACAACUAUGCCACCGUGGGGCCUGGCUACACCUCGAGCGGAGGUGGUGGAAGUGGAGACAUGUAUGGUUCAGACCCCUAUGUUGCAGAUCCUUACCGUACCCUGCAGUACUGCCCCACAGUGGUGGAAUCGCCCUACAGCAAGUCUGGACCAGCACUGCCCCCUGAAGGCAGCCUGCAGCGUUCACCCUCCAUUGACUCUAUUCAAAAAGACCCAAGGGAAUUUGGCUGGAGAGAUCCGGAGCUGCCAGAAGUGAUUCAGAUGUUGCAGCACCAGUUCCCGUCAGUCCAGUCAAAUGCAGCGGCCUACCUACAGCACCUCUGCUUCGGAGACAACAAGAUCAAAGCUGAGAUCCGCCGGCAGGGAGGCAUCCAGCUGCUGGUGGACCUGCUGGAUCACAGGAUGAGUGAGGUUCACCGCAGUGCCUGCGGAGCCCUGAGGAACCUGGUGUACGGCAAAGCCAAUGAUGAGAACAAAGUGGCCCUGAAGAACUGUGGGGGGAUCCCUGCCUUGGUUCGCCUUCUGAGGAAGACUGCAGACGUGGAAAUCAGAGAGCUGGUCACAGGCGUGCUGUGGAACCUGUCGUCGUGCGACGCUCUAAAGAUGCCAAUCAUCCAGGACGCGCUGGCUGUUCUCACCAACAGCGUCAUCAUUCCCCACUCCAACUGGGAUUCAUCCCCCAAUCACCAUGAUGACCGCAAGCUCCACCUUCAUACCUCCCAGGUGCUGCGUAAUGCUACAGGCUGUCUCAGGAAUGUGAGUUCUGCUGGUGAGGAGGCACGACGGAGGAUGAGGGAGUGUGACGGGCUGACAGACGCUCUGCUCUACGUCAUCCAGACCUCUCUGGGCAGCAGCGAGAUCGACAGUAAGACUGUGGAGAACUGUGUUUGCAUCCUGAGGAACUUGUCGUACCGUUUGGCUGCUGAAACAUCCCACGGUCAGCAGGUGGGGCUUGAGGAGCUCGACGGACUACUUUGUGAUACCAAUGGGCGCGAUGGGGAGAGCUCAGGCUGCUGGGGCAAGAAGAAGAAGAAAAAGAAGGGAGCCGAGCAGUGGGAUGGUGUGGGCCCCUUCCCGGAUGCUGCAGAUCCUCCCAAAGGAGUUCAGAUGCUGUGGCACCCCACUAUCGUUAAGCCUUACCUCACUUUGCUGUCUGAGUGCUCGAAUUCCGACACCCUGGAGGGGGCAGCCGGAGCUCUACAGAACCUAGCCGCAGGCAGCUGGAAGUGGUCAGUGUAUAUCCGGGCUGCUGUCCGAAAGGAGAAAGGCCUUCCAAUCUUAGUGGAGUUAUUGAGGAUAGACAAUGACAAGGUGGUGUGCGCCGUGGCUACUGCUCUCAGAAAUAUGGCCCUGGACAUCCGAAACAAGGAGCUCAUUGGUAAGUACGCCAUGAGGGAUUUGAUACAUCGGCUACCAGGCAGCAGCAGCAGUAGCAACAACAACACCACCAGCAGCGCAACGUCGGGCACCACAGGUACGCCUAGCAAGGCUAUGUCGGACGACACGAUUACUGCGAUCUGCUGUGCGCUACAUGAAGUCAUCACCAAGAACAUGGAGAAUGCCAAAGCCCUGCGUGAUGCUGGCGGCAUCGAAAAACUGAUCGGCAUUGCUCGCAGCAAAGGAGACAAACACUCGGCCAAAGUGGUGAAAGCGGCCUCUCAGGUCCUCAGUAGCAUGUGGCAGUAUAGAGACCUACGCUCCCUCUACAAGAAGGACGGCUACUCCCCGUAUCACUUUGUGGGUUCUGCCUCAACAAUAGAAAGAGACAGACAAAGGCCUUACUCUUCCUCAAGAACUCCUUCCGUCUCACCUGUCAGGACAUCCCCAAACAACCGCUCAGCGAGCGCUCCGGCCUCCCCCAGAGAGAUGAUGAGUCUGAAGGAACGCAAGAUGGACUACGAUUCCACGGCAACCAAUGCCGGUUUCCAUAGCAACAAAGGGGAGCACACAUCCCGGAAAGACAGCAUGGCAGUUCAAGUGUCCUGUGGGACGUCCACAUUGUUCCGGAACGCUUACCUGACUACUAGUGAUGACAUCAAACAAAACCAGCACCAGGUCCCGGUCCAACCCUGCAUCAUGCCCCCCCAGCCCCAACAGGAUAGCCCUCCGACAGCAGUGCUAAAAGACUACGACCCGUACCCUCCCCCUCCUUUCUUCCCCCAGCCUCAGCCGCCGCAGCCUCCGCCUCACAGCCAGAGUCGGAGCUUCGAUGACGCCUACUAUGAGGAUAAGGGACCUCCGCCUCCUCCGUCCCAGCAGCAGCCACAGGUCCAGGCACAGGUCCCGCCUCAGGCUCAACCCCAGCAGCCUCCGAGUUCCACCGGACCCCCGCGGGACCCACGGGAAGACCUGCGCAUGCACCUGGGCCUCAAAUCCACUGGAAACUACGUAGACUUCUACUCGGCCUCUCGGCCGUACAGCGAACUGAACUACGAGACCAGCCACUACCCGGCCUCGCCUGACUCCUGGGUCUAAAUAGACCAUGAUGAUGAGGGGGAUGGGGGGCGAGGGUGCAAGAGAGA